GCUAACUCUACUUUUAAUCAGACAUUUGAUAUAAAUGCAAGGGAGACUUGUCUCUCUUAUUAACACAAAAAUGUUUGAAAAAAUAUUGCUAUUACUUUUUGUUGCUUUAGUUUCAGGUGGUACUCCACCGCGAUUUCGCCCUGAUGGCCGAAUUAUUGGAGGCGAUGUAGCCACAAUUGAAGACAAUCCUUGGCAAGUCUCGUUGGAAGCUUUUGGUAUUCACAAUUGCGGUGGUUCUAUUAUUUCCCCAAAUACGAUUAUAACAGCAGCUCAUUGCAUUGAUGGGUACUUAAACUCUAAUAUCAGAAUUUUUCUUACCUUUUUUAUUUUCAGCGUAAUUUCGCUCUUCUACGAAGUCGUUUCAGGAACUGCCGAUUUGCUCCAAAACACGACUCGAAGCAAAGUUAAAGAAGCAAUUGUACAUGAAAACUACGAUAAUUUAAGCCACGAUGUUGCUCUCAUUAUUUUAACAGAAAACUUGACAUUUAGUGACACCACUCAAGCAGUUCCUCUCGCAAACGAAGAACCAUCAGAUGGUGAUAACGUCACUGUUUCUGGUUGGGGUAUUUUAAAUGAAGGUGAUAUUAUAACUCCAAAUAUUCUCCAUUCUGUCAAUGUAACAAUAGUGGGCCGUGACGAAUGUACUUUGGAUUAUUCAAACAUUGAUGGUGCUUACAUUGAUGAUACUAUGGUCUGUGCUGGGGUUUCCGAAGGAGGCAAAGAUGCCUGUUCUGGGGAUUCAGGAGGUCCUUUGAUAAAAAACGGGGUUUUAGUUGGGAUAGUUUCAUGGGGACUGGGGUGCGCACUUCCUGAAUAUCCUGGAGUUUAUACAAAUGUGGCUUCGGUAAGGGAAUGGAUAAGGAACAAAACUGGAAUAUAAUUGUACGCAAUAAAUAAAUAAAAACUAUUAUA